CUUCUUCUAUAUAAUGCAACUUAUCUUAAUUCUUCUUCUUGCAGUUGUUAUGCGAAUGCUGUGCUGCAGUGUCUGAUUUUUACUCGGCCGAUUACUUCUUAUCUUCUUCAAGGGUUACAUUCAAAAUCAUGUCGGAAGAGAGACUGGUGCUUUAUUUGUAAGUUUGAACAUCUGAUUCGACAGGGACAAGAAACAAACUCUCCUUUAUCCCCAGUUGGACUACUGUCCCAUAUACAGCCAAUUGGAAGAGAAGAAGAUGCACAUGAGUUUUUAAGAAAUGUCGUCGACAAAAUGCAAUCCACAUGCCUUGAAGAAGCUGGGGUUUCUGGUACAUUCGCUGAGGAUUCAACCCUUAUGGGUCUGACUUUUGGUGGUUACCUUCGAUCAAAGAUUAAGUGCACGAAGUGUUUAGAGAGAUCUGAGCGGCAUGAUCGGAUGCUGGAUCUUAUGGUGGAGAUUGACGGGGCAAUAUACACACUUGAACAGGCUCUUGCACAGUUCACGUCGUCUGAAACACUUGGCGGAGAUGAUAAGUAUAAGUGCAACAGAUGCAAAUCUUAUGAGAAAGCAAAGAAGAAACUGACCAUACUUGAGGCUCCUAAUGUUCUCACUGUUGUUCUGAAGCGUUUCCGGUCAGGCAAUUUUGAGAAGCUGAGUAAACUAAUUCGCUUUCCUGAGGUUUUGGACCUUUCUCCUUAUAUGAGUUGGACGGGGGACAAAUACCCAACAUAUCAUCUCUAUGCAGUGGUUGUUCACUUGGGUGUAAUGAAUGGUGCUUACAGUGGUCACUAUGUCAGUUACGUGAAGAAUUCCAAAGGAUAUUGGUUUAGAGUUGAUGACAGCAGGGUGAGCCGUGUAGACUUGGAGGCAGUCUUAUCUGCAGAAGCAUACAUUCUCUUCUACGCAAGGCAUGCCCCAAGAGGCGCAUCUUUCGCUAGGAAUAGCAGUUUGUAUUCGGACGCGAAAGCCCAGAAAAACAUGGAGGCCAUCCCUCCCAUCAUCAAUCCAAAGAAAAAAAAUCCGAAAUCAAAAUUAAGCUCGUCUGGUCGAAGCGCAGCCCAUUGGAUGUCUCCAAAUGAUUUCGGUGGCUCUCCCAUAGUAGAUCCUGAGGACUGGGAAUAUCAAGUGAAGCAGCAUAAAAAACACGUAGGGGACUCGUCGAGUGAUAGUUCUUCCAUCUUCAGCACGUCCGACGCUGGCUCGUAUAGUACAGACAGCACCAAGGACUCGAGCGCAGAAGACCUCUCCGGCUACCUAUUCGGCCCUAACUGGUACCACCCGUGACGGCUUUAGCUCUUUCACCUUGUAUUCAUAAACAGGCAAGACGGGGACCUUUAGCAGGCAAUGUCUUGUUGUGCGUGGAAGCUCCUGCGUUGAUUGCAGGAUCAAGCCAAGCCGGGGUUUCUGGUGGAGGAUCCCGGCAUUGUAAUAAGCCGGUGGUGCAGGCGACAGGACGUAGGGGAACGGAGAUAUUGAGAAGGAGAAGGUAACUUCCCAGUUCCCUUUUUGUAUACUAUAACUGUGGAAUUAAUAGUAGAUGAAUAGGCAGUCCAAUAGUUGUAGAGGUAAAUAAAAUCACAGCAGAAUUAACCAAGGUCGGAAAUAAUUAUGCCGACUAUAAAGGAGAAGAGCUGCUUAAACAUUUUUCUUUGUUCCUUUUUUUUGGGCGUGGAUAAGCCUACAAGUUGUAAAUCCUGACGGCCGAUUUGUAUCUCAGCAACUUCUCAUUAUUCCAAAUAUAUAUAUAUAUAUAUAAAGCCAUUUUUCCCUUUCA